CAAAUCCCAAAUGGAAUUCUCUGCCGGUGACUAACGCUAUAACCGUCAAUCGACCAGCAUGUUCCGUUACGUCAAAGGGUAUCUUAUACGUAACCGGCGACGCAGCAGCCUCAAGCGAUAAUGAUUACGCCGGAGUCCAAUUGUUUGACUUAACAAAAGAAGCUUCGGGUACUUGGUAUAAACCGCUAAACCCUUAUAAUAAAUUUCAACAUUUGCCACGUGGUCACAAGUCAAUUGUCGUACAAACGUCAGCGGGCGAAGAAGUAUUGUUUAUAUUUGGAGGGACGGAUUAUACGUUUAUUCUAAAUCUAGAGUAUUCUAGGCUGGAGAAUGUAACUGAAACAGAGGAUGCUCCGCCGCCAUACAUGGACGAAUUCGCCCUAACAUCCUCUAAAGACAACAUUUAUAUCAUUAGUGGUCGCACUGAAGAGUCUGGCAGGAACCUGUGGGGAUUUAACAUUCCAACUAGAAAGUGGUUUAAGUCGCAGGCCGUCGUAGACAUUACAGUGGGCGCCCAGGUUGAGUAUGCAGGGAAACUUAACGAUACGAUUUACUUGAUCGAUUCGGGUCAGUCGUUAAUGUGGAAAUGGAAUUUGGAAUCUCUUCCUGAGGCUGGCCCUCGUACCUACGGUUAUGCGUUUGCACAGUUGCCCGGCAGCGACGUUUUUGUUACCUACGGCGGGAAAACCGGCUCCGAUGUUGUAACCGAUAGCUUAGACGCAUUCAACAUGACCGAAGAGAGUUGGAUUAAGGUCAACAACAAAACUGAUAUACCCAGCGAUCAGUACCGUGAUGGGUUUGCACCUGAUCAAGAUUCAUUCCUUGAACCACCACAAACUUCUGUUACCAGCGCGGGAAAUGGAACACAGGCGGCGCAUAAUAGAACACUCGAUAUCACAGCGGAUGUAAUAGUAGGAAUACUAUUGAUAAUGGUUGUAAUUUCGAGCUUUCUUUUGUAUAGACAGAUGAAAAAUAAAAAGGAGGAAGAGAAACUGAAAAUAGUGGAAACUUGGGGAGCCUUUAGAGGCGAUACUGAAACUGUUUCUCGGACAGACAUUGAAACUGGUUCUCAGGAGGACACUUUACAGAGUUAUCGACCACUCGAGGUGGAAACGUCUGGUCACUGUGAAUCUUACUCAAGUUCGUCAGAGACAAUUUCAGCACCCGACUUUAACACGCCUACAGCUUUACAUCAUACAGAGAAACUGAACUCUACUCCCAUCACUCCAUCGUCACAUUAUGCAGAGAAACUGAACUCUACUCCCAUUACUCCAUCGUCACAUCAUGCAGAGAAACUGAACCCUACUGCCUCCACUCCGUCAUCGCAUCAUACGGUGAAACUGAACUCUACUCCCCCCACUCUAUUGUCACGUGCAAACGAGAUCCGUAAAGGAGUAACACCCACUGUAUUCGAAUCUCCUUCUACCUCUUCGGUUUCUCCAUCAGCUCCAGAGGGUACUAUUCUAUUUAACCGGUACAAGCUCAAAGGGAAACCAGAAUUUGAUAUCAGCAAAUCCGUUCGGUAUGCAGAGGACGAGACUGUAGGCGAAGACGUGGCGAUAAAGUUUUUCUCAGACUACGAUUCAUUCGAAAAUGAGGUUACAAUGUUAAAGUUUCUUCGCUCGACAUCUGUUGGUGCUUUGCGUAACGUAUUCCACGUUUCCAAUGCUGUUGAUUGGAAAUAUGCUAUGAUUACGGACUAUUAUCUUAUGAGCUUGGAUGUCUUUAUCCUUAAGAAACGAGAUGACAUUAACGAACUAAACAUAAAAGUGAUAAUACAUUCAUUAGCUCAAGCUAUAAAUUAUGUUCAUAACAAGGGAAUAGUGCAUCUGGACAUUCAACCGGGAAACUUUGUACGCGAGGUUGGAAGUGAGAACAAGUGGAGAUUGAUCGAUUUUGAGUCAGCGAAAGUCGAUGGAGAAGAAGACGUUAGUAGCAGCACAUUAAGAUAUGCUCCGCCUGAACUAAUCAAAGCGAGCACGCUGCGCACUAGUAUUAAAGCAGAUACUUCGAUGGACAUGUGGUCAUUUGGAUGUACGAUAUAUGAAUUGUUUGCCGGAAAGCCUCUGUUCAUAAGUGAUGAUGAGACUAAACGUGCAUUACUUGACGCAAGUUGCAUGCAACACUUUGAAUUUCCCUCUAAAAACGUAUCGGAUGUUCAAGCACAACACGUGCUCAAGAAAUUGUUAGCCAUCAAUCCUAUAAAGAGAGCUUCAAUUGAGGAAAUUUUAAGGGGGGCAUAUUUGACUGGUGGUGCCGAUAGUGUUCAGAUACGCAAUAUGCGGGCAGAAGCGACCGAGGAGAUCAUUAACACCCUACACCAGAAUACGAACAUUGUUCUUUCCAGCAUGCAAGAGGCUACUAAUAAGAUUGUGAAUAGUAUAUCUGAUGCUGAAGAUGCGAAAGUGCCCCGACUAUUCAUGUUAUUACCAGGGGACGUGUCUUGGAGAAUUUUUAACCCAAACACUUGGGGAAGGAAAAAAUUUGUAAUCCGCAUUCUUUGUGAAGGUCUUGCCGCUAACAACAAGGAAGCCCACUUCACUGACCAUCCUGGUUACGAGUUAUAUCAUGCGGAACAGUUUCUUGCCAAGGCUGGGCCAUACCUUAAUAUCUUGGCCAAUCUUAUGAAAGUUGCUAGUUUUUUUCCAACGCUACAAUUCAUGCAUGGCAUAGCAGACAAAGUCGAUAUAACGCUUAACUCUAAGGAAUACUUCAAAAACAUAAGCGAAUUUAUUAACGAAUUCAAAACGGAUGAGUCUGUUGCAAGAGAUCUGGCAGGCUUACAAAACGAUCCACUCGAGCGCAUAAAAUGUGCGCAGGGUCCUGCACUGCGUGAAUUUGAAACGUUCUUGCUUAAUAAUGAUCGUUUGCGCGAAUAUGGUGGAUUGAAUCGUAUUAUUGUGAAUGAUGGACGAUGUAGAUGG